GAAAAUAUGCGGCCGCACUUACACUAAUCAUAAUGUGAAUCGGGCUUUAGGAUUUGUUUUUGGCUGGUGUCUUUGGUUGGUUGGUGUCUGGUGUGGUGUUUUGACUUUUUGUGGUUUGUGUGUGGCAGUCAAAACGGGAGCAAAAAGAUACUUAAUGCUCAAGUUGAAAUGAACUGCAUGAAGUUACUUGUUAUUUACAAAUGUGAUGGUGUUUCCUUAGGUUCUCUGACUAAAAUAUGUUGAAAAGAUUUGAAUAUUUUUUUGUAAAUUUUAAAUCCAUCAUCUGAAACGAAAGGAAAGCGAUUCAUUCGACAAUACAUAGGUACCCAAAAAGAACGUGACAUGUUUUCAGAUAUUUGCUUUGUCAAUAUUUAAAUUGAUCACGAUCUUAAAAGUAUCCCUCAUUAUGUUUUGCUGGCUUUAUUGACCACAAUACGUGAAGUAGUUACAAUGCCACUACAUCAAAUCAACGUAAAGAAUUCGUCGGACAUCGAAAGCUGGGAAUGGGGCGGUGGAUGUGGCAGAGAGGCGGUGAGGGCUGGUUCAGGAAGCAGUCGCACGUCCUGCAGUAACUCCAGUGGGGAUAUAUGUCGUAUUUGCCAUUGCGAAAGUGAAACUCACAAUCCUCUACUUGCACCAUGUUAUUGCUCUGGAAGCCUAAAGUAUGUGCAUCAGAGUUGUCUGCAGCAAUGGUUGACGGCAUCAGAAACAAGGUCAUGCGAACUUUGUAAAUUCAAUUUCAUUAUGCACACCAAAAUAAAGCCAUUCAAUGAGUGGCGGUUAUUGGAAAUGUCAGGCGUGGAGAGACGCCGGCUGUGCUGUGCAGUGCUGUUCCACUGUGUGGCAGCCCUGUGCGUCAUGUGGUCGUUGUUCGUACUUAUCGAGCGUGCCGUCGAGGAGGUCAACAGAGGACUUAUCGCGUGGCCGUUUUGGACCAAAUUGGUUGUGGUUGCGGUGGGAUUCACAGGGGGUGCUGUGUUCAUGUAUAUCCAGUGUCGGCAGUACCUUCAUCUGUGCAACCGCUGGCGAGCUCACAAUAGGAUACUGCUAAUCCAGAACGCGCCGGAGAAGAUCCCGAUGAGCGCGGGCUCGCCACUGCGCGGGCGGCGCGAGCGCAGCGCGCGCGGUCAGGUCGUGGCCAACAUCGAGCCCGCGCCCGCGCCCGCGCCCGCCGCCUACCACGAGGAAGACGAAAGCGGAGGUUUCGAGACGUAUCGCGGCAACCCUCACAGAAGAUUGUCAGUGGUCGCCGACGACUGCCUUCGGGCAGACAGAGACGACACGAGGCGGUAUUCUGAUACCAAGCUGAUGCAGCCCAAUACUGCAGUCACUACUGUGGAGGAACCUAAUGCAUUGCAGAGCGAGGGCGUGUACCACAUCAGCGUGGACCCGCUGGAGGCGGACAUCCGCAGCCUGCUGGAGCUGGAGGCGCGGCGCGCGGCGCGCUCGUUGCCCAACCUGCGCGCCUCGCGCGAGUCUCUGCUGCCCGCGACCUCGCCCGCGGCCGCCUCUGCGCCUGUGCCCGCGCCCGCGCCCGCGCCGCGUUCCUGAGGCCCGCUGCGCCUCUACCACGACCGCAACCUCUACUAGCGCCAGCCUCGUCUGUCGCCUGGCCAUUCCGUAUGUAGUUCGGUAAACUGUUUUCUUCGCUUUCUCGACAGACUAUGUGUAAACCGGAUCGCAGUUUCAUUUGUGUAUGUGUGAGUGUUAAGGCGUUAAAUAGAAAUACUCGAGGCAUGUUUCGGCACAUUCAGAUAAAAUAUCAUAUUAGCUUCUCAUAAACUAACUGCUAGAUAAAUGAUGUGAUUACCCAAUUAGCCCUUGAUAUGUUACAUUUAGGUUCCUAUGAAACAGGUCCUUAGACUCACACUAAUAAAUCAGAUUAUAUAGUUGACACCUGCACUUAACACUAAUUUAAGUGGACCGGACUUUACGUGAUUUUUGUCACCGACAUUACCAUUUCUUAAAUCGACGAUAGGUCAGUUAUAUUACGCAAUAUAAAUGUGCAAUAAUAACUUAAUAAAACACGAUUCUAUGAACAUUUCUGGUGUAUUGUAUUAUGAUUUCAAAAAUAGCUUUCUGAUGGAGCGACAGUGUAUACAUAUUAAUAAAGUCGCUAUUUACCCUGCGGGUAAAGAACCCUAAGAAAAUCCUUUCUUAGGGUUCUUUACCCGCAGCAAAUAUCCAUUUGCUUCGAUAAAAAAGCUAUCGAAUAAGUUGACGACAAAAUAAAACUUUACAAUUUGGUCAAGUAUUCUUGUCUUUCAUAUUGCAUAAUAUAAUUAACCGUAGGGACACUCAAUUCUCCGGUUACAAUAUCGCAUUUCAACGAAAAGUCAUGCUCACGUAGGCCGAUGAGUGGAUAAGGAUAACACUGAAUUAAGCUAUAUCGAUAACAUAACCGCAAUAUAGGUCUAAUCUACAUAUGAGGCAGUACAUUGAAAAUUAGAUCAAAUAUGCAGCUAUACAAGAGAAAAUUACUUACUAUUCUGUUAUAUACUUUCAUCCUUUUUUAAUCACAAACUUGAAUGCAUCAUAAAUAGACAUUCUAUCACUACAUUUAGUCUAUAACAUGUAAAUUGGAAAUGUAUUCUCAAAAGCUUUUGUAUUACGCGCAGAACGCAAGAGUGCAUUAUUAGUUGUAUAUAUAAAACUAAACACUUAUCACAAUACAUUUUUGUAUCCAUUUAUUAUUUAGUUUCACCUCGUACCGUUUUCUGAUUGGGAAAGGAACAGCAUUUCUCAUUUACACAGUACUGAAAAUUGUUAUAUUAUUAAAAAUUCCAUACACUGUGUAGGGAAUUAAAAAAACAAAUCUUGGUACAGUCAAUCGUAAAUCAUGUUACUUUACCUGUAUUUUUAUGGAGUGUUAUCUAAUAGAGUCGUUUCCAAUUUAAAGAUCGAUAAGCAAAUAUCUACUGCCGUCGGCAUAAUGUAUCAACAAAAUAAUCAAUAAAUUAUGCGCCAAAGUCGAUUCCGCCCUUGAUUCAUAAAAUCAUCAACUAUGAUAGAUCUCAACCUUAAAAGCGAAAAAUUCUGAUAAUAAGAAAUUUAUAGAAUAGUUGUCAUAUAUCUUAUAUAGUAGUAUAUUUAUCUAUAGUAAUCGAUUCUAAAGAUUAGAAGCAGAAUAUUCGAUUUUCUAAACGUCGUAUGACGAUUCAAAAACCUGAAAAUAGUCAUUCUGACUGGACGAUAGAUGACCGUUCUAUGAAAUAACCCCUUUGAAAAAAUUAAAUAUUGCAAUCGGGGUUGUCAAAGCCAAAGAGCAUUUUUAUCGCGAUUUCGAUUUUUAUCACGUUUCGUGAUUCACGAUUCGUAUCAUGUCCACAUAAGCAACGUGACAAAAAGAUAACAUAAAAAAAGUAAUGUGUGUGAUCACGUGUCACGUUGUUCCAGGUUAGCUCGUCGCCUAAAACUGAUUCGAAUAAAUAGUUUACUAAUAUAAUCGAGCUGUCGCGAUCAAGCCCUGUAAAUAUUAGUGCGAACUCUGUAAAUAGUUAACAUACAAGAGUAUCAUAAUAAUAUUAAUCAAAGGAAAAAAUCCUAGCUUACACGAAACCAUCUCAAAUCGGAAUAACAAAUAAGUUUUCCGCGUGUAUACUUUAGAUUCCGUGACGGGAUAUACAAAGUCGCAGAUUGUUUAAUUUUCGGUCAAAGUAGAUCUUUAGAUGACCAUCUUGAUUUGUAGCGAAACUGAAAGUGCAUAAUUUGAUGGAAUUCAAAGCCCAAAUUGUGAAUAUGCAGUUAUCUCAUUCCUGAUAGAAACAUACUUUCUGCCGAUAUCGUUAACGCGACAUAUGUCUCGCCGAUGAGUAGCGGUUUCGUGUAAGUUGAGGACGACGUUAGUUCAUUAACGCGCCGCCAUUUUCCCACCUAUCAAUAAAAGAGCCUAUAGUCUAUUUUUUAAUCAGCUGUUUUCGCGGAUUCCAACGAUGGGGCUUUGAAUGGAAGUGUCAAUUUAUUCUAGUAUUUAAAGUUAUAUUACAAUGUAUAAAUUACUCACCGUUAAUCUAGUUUAAAUUUAAAUCUUAAUAUUACGCUGUAAAUGUUGCUUGCUUGAAAAAUAGGCUACAGGAAGUUAAACUUCUAUAAGAAAAUCUAAAAUCAUUAUUUUUCCUAAACAUAAACCAAUUUUAUCAAUUACCUACAUAUAUAGUCCUCCCUCUCUUAUUUACUUGUAUCUCUAUUGAGAUAUUUUCGCUAUAAGUUUGUUAAUAAUAUAAUCUUUAUAAUUUUUUAUGUGUGAGACUAAUGCAUUGAUGCAGUGUGUACUUUAAUAUUGAUUUGAUGGAUUCAAAGAAGGAAAAGAUAAUUUGGAGCAAAUUAAGGUGAUUUAAAAUUUAUUUUGAUGAAAAAUGAGAUUUUUUUAAUCUUUUAUUAAUUGACAAGUCAUAUGUUUCACUUCUCUAUAUAUGCUCUCUUAGAUUUUUAUUAUGAAUUGUAUCCACUAUAUAAAUAUCACUUUCAGCCCUUUUAUUUGGGCUGAUUCUUUUUGUUCUAGCUUCACUUCUAUUAGGAUUAUGAAGAAUAAAAUAUAUGUUCAUGUCUUUGAUGAAAAAAGCUACGAAAUCAUACAUAUUGUUUUAUGUAAUGAGAAAAUAUAACUUUUUAAUUAUUAAAUAUUUUAUAAAAUGUAGUGCAAUGUUUUGGUUGUUUCGUCCAAACGCUUCUAAAAUCCUGAUGCAUUUAAAUAGCAUUUAGUCAUCAUUGUGUUUAUUUACAUUAUUAUCAUCAGAAUUUGCUAAAAUAGUAUACCCUAUUUAUUGAAUAGUUUUACAAUACUAUUUUUCAAAAGUCAAUAACUCAUCUAAUGCAACUUAUUCACACUAAUAUUUAUGUAUCUAAAUUUUAAUCACAAUUUAUCAUUGGUUUUUGUGUCGCCUUACUUAUUAUGUCUACACCAUGACACCAUAGGAAAGCGUAUGUUUUAAUCUCUUUUUAUCAUACUAUAAUGGUAAAAAAGGGUGUUUAGCAUUAGUAUGUUAAAAAUAGAUUACAACAAACGUAGACAUAGCAUUAACUCAUAUUUUUGAACAUCACCUUCAUACACAAAAUAUUAAGGAUAAAGGCCAGUUUGGCUCAUUCUGCCCCAAUCCAUGACAAUGGUUAUUUACUUACAUCACUUGUAUCACAUUUGAUUAUAUCUUAACCAAUAACCAUAGAUAUCACACAUUUUUCAACCAAAAAGCACAAGGCGACGGAAUCUUUCGAGACAUGUACAUAAUUUUAUGUAUUUUAAUUUUACAUUCAAUAAAUAUACAGUUUAUACGUCCUCGAAUAAUUUCGUCGUUUGUGUUGGGAUCACUCACUUUGAAAUUGUACAUAGUUAUUUAAUCGUAUGUAUUAAUUAUGAAAUACAAUAUGAUACAUUAUGUUUAAAUUAAUUAGAAGUUUGUAAUUCGUUAUUUAUAGUUAGAUAAUUAAUUUAGAUUGGACAUUUGGUGCUAACGAAUUAAAAAGUGGAUAUCAGUCCAACCUUGGUGUAUUGUAAAAUUUGAUACGCCGAAAAUCCAUUUCUAAAAUUAAUUGAUCAAAAUAGUUAUAAUUUAAAGUUCGAGAAUUUUUGUAUCGAUACCAAUAUUAUGUACACUAAAUUGUUGUGCAAGGGUCGUACUUUAUCCAUGCUCGAAUUUUAUUUACGUAAAUUAUAAGAUAUCUUAAUAUUUGAAUCACAAGAAUUGUCUCAAUUACAAUGAUACAGUUAACGACAGAAGUAAAUAAUAUUAUGUAGUGGGCAGUUGCUCUCCGUAUAGAUCUUAAGAGCCAACUACAACAUUUUUUUUUGUUUCAGUCUUGUAUGAUUGAUUCUUCAUAUUGCAUUUGGAGCAUUAUAAUCGCCAAAAUAUUAAUUUUGUUUUAAAAUACCUGUGUAUCUACUUCAAGGUAUAUUUUACUGUGUACUGUGGGACAGAUGGGUGACCAACUAAAUUUAUUUUAUUUCGGUUUCAGCCUUAAAAUAUAUUUACAACUUCGGACAUUUUGUUUCUUUUUUACAUCAAUAGGUCUCUAAAGUGAAAACAAGAAAUGGGGUUUUUAUUGUUAAAAAUAUUUUAUUAGUCACCGAUAGGUUCGGUUUAGGCCAAAAAUCAUGAUUCCAUAGUUUCCGUCGAAUAUAUAGGUAAAUACGAUUGUGCAGAGUGAACAGUUACAAAUAACCGUUUUUAUUUUAUGUUGGAAAUCAAAUUAAUUUAAUUUUGGUUCAGUAUCAUACUAGUCGUUUUUGCAGACGUCGUGGUGAGUAGACGGUCGCAAAAUAUAUCAUUAUUUUCUACAAUAUUUUUAAUAGUCUCACUGGGCCUUAGUUCUGUUUAAAAUAAAUAUAUGUUCGUUCACUUGUGAAUGUUGUAAAUUUUAUUGUAUAAAUUAAUUAUAAACGAUGUCGGUCAAUCCUUGUAUAUUUUGGAAUAAGUAUAAGUGGGCUAUACUGAGAUAAUGGGGGCGUAUCGAUGAAAACACAUUGUCACUUAUUUUGUGUAAGUACUUACUUUCUGUGUUAACAUAUCACGUAAUUAUGUGGGGGUUUUAAAAGUAAGCAGUGUUUGUAAAUAAUGGCUUCGCCGUAAUAGAUGUACAAUCGAAUGUGUUUCCUGUCGACACCACUCCCGUCUCGCGCGCUGCGAACCUUGCUUGUUUGUGUUUCUCUAGCGUUGUAAUAAAAGUAGUGCCUUAUUUAGUCAUCGCAAUAUUAUUAUUAAUUUGCACUUAAUAUCCUAUGAUAUUUUGACGAUUAAACAAAUACUGAGGGUCUAGGAUAUAUAUUAAUUUUACAGCGCGCGAGACUAUGCCCGUCUGUAUAUUGUGAUAUAAGUUGUUAAGUGAUUUAUUUUGCUCAAAAUUAUUAUUUUCCCUUUGAUCUGUGUACUUAUAAUUCAUGAAAUUUGUAAGACUGUAUUUUAUUUUGUUGUGUAACAUUGUUAGUAACUCCAGGUUAUAAAUAUAGUUAUUUUGAGAUUCAAA